UUUGGACAUAAACUGCACGCCAUUGGAGGGACAUUUUGUGUCAAAGCAUCUAGCACAGCCUAGAGAAACAUCGCACCCACGUUUACCUCAGUUAUUCGCCCCCAACGAAAAAUCGGAAAGGUGGCGAAACUUUUGUGAGGCUUCAGACAACCAAGGGGAAAGGAUCAUUUCUUGUCAGCCCCAGCCUGAUGCUUCUUAAAUGACUGCCUGAAAUUCUGUUGUCUGGCUCAAUCUCGGCACAAUGAAGUCAUCUGUUGUUCCUGCAGGGUGUUUGGACUCUGUGGACAUUCAGCCCAGUGGCGGGGUUCUUGAGUCAUUAGGCCUUGAGCAGUCAGCGGAGUCACUCCAUUCAAUCCCACCUCAUCCUUUGGGUAUCAAGCCUUCGGGAAAUCAAUACACGUCAAGCCUUAAUUCCAAAGGCUCGAUUGGACCUUUUCAGCUAUUCCCAGACGAAUUACUGGCCAUAUUCCUGGAGUAUCUGGACUCUUCCACUCUGCGGUUCCUGGGUUCGACUUGCAAAUUUCUGUAUGCAUUCUGCAGGUCUGAUGAUUUUUGGAAAUCGUUGUUCAUUGACUCCCCCGAGUCAAAGUCUGGCUCAUUCGAUUGGCGUGGCACGUGGAGAUCCACGUGUCUUGCCUUGAGCCAUGAUCAAGUCUGUCGAGUCAACUGUGACUUCGUUUUCUCCGACGUGCUUUAUCGGCCAUUCCUAUGCACCCACACAUCUCUGGAACCUUAUACGACGGAUAUACCUCGGGCAAAUGCUAUUGCAAGGUUAGAGAAUCUCUCGUUUGAUGAGUUUUCAGGUCGUUGGAGUGACAAGCCUUUCAUUCUCACGAAACCUGUUCAUGAGUGGCCUGUCUUCAAAUCUUGGAACACAGAGGCCUUGCUUCACCAAUAUGGCAAUAUCAAAUUUCGAGCAGAGGCUGUUGAUUGGACCUUGCAAACGUAUGUCGAUUACAUGAAUAACAGUAGCGAUGAGAGUCCACUUUACUUGUUCGACCGAGGAUUCGUCGAUAAAAUGCAACUGAGAGUAGGCAAGCACCAGUCAUCUCCGUCUUAUUGGAUCCCGGAAUGCUUUGGAGAAGAUCUGUUUGCAGUACUGGGAGAGAACAGGCCGGACGAUAAAUGGUUGAUAGUUGGGCCGGCUCGGAGUGGUUCAACGUUUCACAAGGAUCCGAAUGCAACCAGUGCUUGGAAUGCAGUCAUUCGAGGAUCAAAAUAUUGGAUCAUGUUCCCGUCUUCUGCGUCAAGUCCGCCACCGCCAGGAGUCUAUGUCUCGGAAGAUCAAAGUGAAGUUACAAGCCCUCUCAGCAUUGCAGAAUGGCUACUUGGCUUUCACGCCGAAGCUCGCAAGACACCAGGCUGUGUGGAAGGGGUUUGCAAUGAGGGGGAAAUUCUGCAUGUCCCAAGUGGAUGGUGGCAUUUGGUUGUCAAUCUUGAUGCUUCCAUUGCCAUCACGCAGAACUUUGUGCCAAGGAGUCAUCUGGCGGGAGUUCUCUCCUUCUUGAAAGACAAACCGGACCAGAUCUCAGGCUUCAAAAAGGACGUUGUUGAUCCAUAUGGAACAUUUGUUGAGCGUAUGCAAGUUGAUUAUUCUGAGCUCCUAAACCAAGCUUUUGCCGACUUAGAGAAGACAGCAGAGGUGAGGAAAAGGAAAUGGGACGCCGCUGUGGGUAAUGCCGGAGAGGAGAGUGGCGGUGGGUUUAGCUUUGGCUUUGGUGGCGGUGACAGUGAUGAAGAAGUUCCCUGA